UCCACCGUCACCUCAGCAGUGGCUUCAGUUACUGUUAUACGCUUGGCACGAGUCGGCAAGUGGCCAACUUUCGCAUUUCAACUUCAAUAUGUCUCGUGCUUCAGAAAUCAGUGACGGAGUCUGUGAUCAUGUGACUGAAUUCAGAUUGGUGCAUGCAGACUGUACGUGGAGCAGACAGACCGCAGACAGUCAGCGUGUCGAGGGACGACCGUCAGAAGCCAGGAUUUAUGAGUCUUCAUCAGAAGAUGGAGUCACAUGGACAGUGGUCAGUCCUAUCGUCUUCACCUAUCGAGUCAUUCAGUGUGAGAGUCUUCUGGAUGCAAGCAAUGACACCUUACUGUUUGGCCAUAUCUCCAGCCCUACGGAGCUCCAGGCCCUUAAGACCAACAGUAAAGUAAUGAAGCGAUUCAUUGUGAUUGAUGAGACUGUUAAUGAUCUAUACGGCUCCCAGGUGGCAGCAUAUUUCAAAGCGAGAGGGGUGACCUACAAGAUCCUUCCCUUACCCACAACUGAGGAGAACAAGUCCAUGACCCUGGUGACCAGAAUCUUGGAGGAAGUCCAUAAGUUUGGGAUUGACCGCCGUGCGGAGCCCAUUAUCGCUAUCGGUGGCGGUGUUUGUCUGGAUAUCACGGGUCUCGCUGCAUCACUGUAUCGCAGACGUACUCCGUAUAUCCGUGUCCCUACUACUCUGCUGGCUUACAUUGAUGCCAGUGUGGGGGCAAAGACUGGGGUCAAUUUUGCCAAUGGUAAAAAUAAGCUAGGGUCAUACAUCCCACCCGUGGCAGCGUUCCUGGACAGGAGUUUCCUCUGCACUCUGCCACGCCGCCAUGUUUCUAAUGGAAUGGCCGAAAUGCUGAAGAUGGCGCUGAUGAAACACAGAGGACUCUUUGAACUUUUGGAGAAGGAUGGCAGACAUUUGUUGGACUCUAGUUUCCAACCAUCGAGGAGAAUGCCAGAAAAUAUGCAUGCGGAUGCAGCGAGUGUGUCCACGAGACUGGCCAUUGAAACCAUGCUGGAGGAACUUGCUCCAAACCUGUGGGAGGACGACCUGGACCGGCUGGUGGACUUUGGCCAUAUCAUCAGUCCAGAGCUUGAAAUGAAAAUACUUCCUGCGCUUCUGCAUGGAGAGGCGGUGAACAUUGACAUGGCUUUCAUGGUCUAUGUGGCUCACGAAAGGGGCUUUCUGACAGAAGAGGAGAAAAGACGUAUCAUUGUGUGUAUGCGGAGCCUAGAUCUUCCUGUGUGGCAUUCAGACUGCACUCUGGAUCUAGUACUGAAGUCCCUUACUGAACGACUCAAGCACUCAGGAGGAUUUCUGAGAAUGCCUCUACCCACAGCGCUGGGAAAAGCAAGAAUCUUCAAUGACACAGAAGAGAGCAUUGUGUGCCAAGCGUUCAAGAAAUGGUGUGAUGAACAGUGUGAAACCACCAUGAAACCAGAAUAACACAAAUGUUGAGUCUGAUUAUAUUCCUGAACCAAGAAAAACAUCUGUGCUGCAAAAAGAAACACAUCAAAUCAUGAAUGAAAACCUCCAGAAAUUGUGAAAACCACUCAGUUUUAUUUCAACGUCUGUAACAUUUUCAUUCACAAUACACUUGACAAGCUUUAAAACCCAACAAUGAAAUGCUACGUUCCUUAUAAAGCUCACAUAAAGAGUGAAAGGUGACUUUCCCAACAGGUUUAAAGUGGGCUGGCUUCCAGCACUGAAUUCAUAGGAAGUUAAUGCUUUAUAAAGAAAUUCAACCAAAAAAAAAAAUCAACAUUACAAGCUAUCUUAAGUCCUUUCUUAAAUAAUGUUUGGUUAAGCUUCAAAAAUAUAAAACAAAAGUAUAUUAACAAAACGAAAGCCAUCUCUAGCCAAGACACUUCUAUAAAAGACCGACUGUGUUUGUUAUUAAAAGGCGUUUAGUUGAAGUUCGACGGAAGCCUGUUUUGAAGGCACCUUUCAUUGAUGUCACUGAUACGUAUGCAUUCAUACAGGAGCCUUGUGCUUUACCUGUUACCUGAUUGUCUGAAUUAUUGCUCAGAAAAAAAUUGCAACAGCCAGUUUUGCUAUAAAUCCACAACGAGAUACAUAACAGUUUCACUGCAUAUUUAGACUCCACUUGGAAUUUGGCAACAUUUUAGUAGUCAACACUGCGUAACAUCACAUUCAGAGGAUGACUUUCAGUAGUUUCUGUCUAUAAGGGAAGGAGAUUAUGUAAUACACUAUUCUUGAAAGUUUUGUAGUGCUUCAAGACACUUCAGCGUUAAGCCAGAAUACAAUACAAUCUUGAUCAAACCCUGCGGGUCAGUAUUAACUAGGUUUGGUGGUCCUACUGAGAGAUCAUCCCCUCUACUUCAACCGAGGACCGAACCGGUUAGGUUCCACAGUCUAAGACUAAGUCUAAAAUCACACAUAUAGAAUAGAACAUUUCAUUUAAAGGAAUAGUUCAUACAAAAUUGAAAAUUAGGAACAUCGUCGUCUUACUCUCACGUAGCGCUAAACCCAUGUACUGUACAUUUUUACAAAUGUAGUUUUUAUUUUAUUUUUUUUCCUUUUUGGAAAUUGGCAGUCCCUGUUGGAAGCCUGUUUCAGCAUGGAAUAAAAAUAAAUAGGUAAUUGUGACUCUCGCAAUUCAGAUUUUU